AUGCAAAACGCCCGUUACCAAUCACGUACCGCGAAAGGCCACAGUCGCUCUAGUGGUUGUUUUUAUCACUUCAGUCGCAGGGGAGUAACGAGCUGUGGAAGACGACUCCUGAAACGAGUAGUUCGUGAACGUGUGUUGCUGCGGUAUUGUCAGAAAGAUUUUUUCCAGUCACUUGGAAGACGGCAAAUUGGAAUGCCUGAAGAACGAAAAUGGAAACGAAGGGCAAUAGUAAAGGAGCAACCUUCUGCAGCAUUCUGCAAUAUUUGCAGGACAUUUCCUCCGGCUACUGCAAUGGAAUUUUGUCAUCCACAGCUCACAUCAUUCUCUACAUCUACAGUAGAAGUUAGUCUAAGUGGUGCCGAAGAAUAA